AUGGCCACCAAGUUGAGAUCCCAAGGCACUCCACCAUUCGCUGAAGAAGACCUUUUGGCUCAAGCCACAGAUUCGCCUGAAAGCAUUUGUCAAUUUUUGGCCAAGAAAUCCAGCAAGCACAAGUUCAUUGUCGAGCAAACCGAAGCGGAAGGCAAGCAAAACGCGUCGUGUCUGUUUGGCGCUGUGUGGAGCGAAGAACACGACGGCUAUACCGUGAUUAAGCAUGAAGUCGACGGAAAGACCCAAUUCCUUACGGUAUAUUGGAUUUAUGUCGGUUGA